GACAGGAUUUUAGUCCUUCGGUAUCAUCCGUGGAUGGCUUUGUUUGUGUGGCUUGCUGAAUGCAAGGCGUCUUGUGUUCGAAAGAGAUUGCAAAGUGGGUUUCUGGAGCUCAGCAAACGGUGAGAUUUCUGCUUUCUGGACUUGGAAGGGUUUGUUUUAAAAAAAAAAAACCAGGAAGCAGAGGGUUGGGUUCUCUUUUUGCUUUUUUAUUUUUUUUAAAGGAAGAAAUAAGGCCAACCAGGUAUGAAAAAAGACUUGUGGCCACACCCAAGAAUUAAUGCUAUCAGAAUCAGUUUCUCCACCUAUACUGUUAAGAAAGAAAAGAACUGGCACCACAUCAGAUCUAUUCUGUCCUUGCAGCCAAUUAUAGCAGGUUCCUGACAGCAUAAAAUGCUGCAGGAACGUUUUCAUCCACGCUUUGGACAAAAAGCUCAAAGGUCAUCUUAAGAAGAGGCCGUCCAACUCUCCAGGUAUGGAUUGGCACCAGAGCACCACCGUUCAGCUGAGUGGCCUGCUCGUCUCCCUCUUCGGUUGGCUCCUGUCGUGCGUGACGACUUACGUGCCUCUCUGGAAGAGCCUCAACUUGGAACUCAACGACCUUGAAAUCUGGAAUAUGGGCCUUUGGCAGACCUGUGUCAGUCAAGCGGUCUUGCAGUGUGAAAACUACGCUUCCCUCCUGGCCCUGCCUUUGGAGAUCAAGAUCUCCAGGGUUCUGAUGGUGACUUCCAACGGACUGGGCUUCCUGGCAUUCUCCUUGGCUCUUUUGGGAUCGAACUGCCUGAAGACCAGCGACUCAAGGCAGAAGAGACCCUUGGGGAUCACAGGCGGCGUUCUCUUCUGCAUUUCUGGAAUGACAACUCUUGUUCCCAUCUCCUGGGUUGCCUACAACACGGUGCAAGACUUUUGGGAUCAAACCAUACCAGAUGUCGUCCCGAGGUGGGAAUUCGGCGACGCCCUUUUCCUGGGCUGGUUUGCUGCAUUUUUCCUCCUGUUGGGUGGCUGCCUUGUCAUCGGUGCUGCCUGUUUCCUAAAGACCCCGAAGGCAUCUAAGAGGCCGGCAAUCCACCACAAAGGGGAGGUAGCCACGCUCGCCAUCCAGCAUCCACCCUCUUCCCCUAAAAUUGCAGACCUUGUCAUCUGACGGCACUUUCCUGAGCUUCUGGAUCCCGCCUGGAAUGGGACGAUGGUUCGACGCGUGGAACAUUGAAGAGCUAGGGUUUAGGUUUCUGCAAAGGAUGGCUUGGGAAAUCACACUGACAAGGGGACAACCCGGCAUCGUGUUGUGUUGUGUUGUGUAGCUUGUUCUCCCUAAGUGCAAAUUAGAAAUGUAUUAUUGAGUAUGUGCUGUUCCAGGGUCCGUGGGCCUGUAUCUACUCUUAUGCAGGAGACAAUGCUUUCUCUCCUCCCUGCCCCCACUUUUAAUCUUUUGGAGAAGCAUGACGUAAGAAACACCCCGGUUUAAUGAUGGAAGGAAUGUCAGUCGAGGAUAGAAUGUCUGCAAAAAUAAAGGUCCAUUCAACAAGCAUUGUUAGGCUUUAAAAAGCAAUUAAGCGCUUACAGGAAAUUGGAACUCUCUUACUUGGCAUAAGAGAAGAUCAGCAAUCUUGGGCAGAGACUUUGGGCUACUCGGAUAAUAGUUUCAGAAGGGGGCAGAAGAAAGGAAACCCGCAAGCCAAGGCACCAGGUGAGCUUCCACGGAUGAAUUCAGGAGCCAGCCUUGUUUUGUUCAGCCAACUCUCCUUUCGAAUAGUCUUAGCAUCUGAAGCCUCCUUAAGGCAACCUCUCGUCGACAGGGGACACAACAGCUGGAUUGUUGUGCCACCCUUUUUUGAUAGAAAGGUCACGUAGGAAGAGUUUCCAACUUCAAAACAGUUCUAGAGUCAACCUUCUGCAAUCGGAGGCAUGCGCUGGCAGGCUGCCAACCUCUUUGGGGAUCACAGCCAGAGGUGAUGGAGGAAUUUAUUUAUUCCCCAAAUCUAAGGAAAUUAAAGGGGUUGUUGGUUUUUGUGUGUGUGAAAUAACUGCCACGGGCGGCAUUGCCUUGAGGCUUCAGAAUUACUGCUGAAAAUUAGAAGCAGUAAUUUUCUUCUAAUUUUACUAAGUCUGCCGUUUUCAGGGAUAGAAACAAAAUCACAAAUAUCUUUAAGUAGGGUAAUAUUUAUUGCACUUUGAAACCAGAAAUCUCAUCAGAUUUGUAUUUCCCAUCUCAAUUUGUUAGCAUUCUAAUAAAAAACAGAUUGCUUUAAAAGAUCUUGAGGAAAAAAAUAUAACCAUUAAAAGUGUGACUUAUGCA